CUCUCUCUCUCUCUCUACCCCCCUCCCUCGCCAAGAAAUCAUAGCUGAACACUCACCAAAUUCUUGGUCGUUCCUCGUGUUGAAGACUUUCCACAAAUCUUGAUUAAAAUGGAUUCCCUGCCUGAUGCCAUUAUCCACUAUAUCUUGUCUCACAUCAACAAUGCUAAGGAUGUGGCAUCUUGUACUUGUGUCUCCAAGAAAUGGAAAGAUUCAAUGCCAUAUCUUAGGAGCCUUUACUUCCCUCGCAACAUUUUUGAUAACCUCACUGGUGGGGACACUCCUGACAGCAUUGUGAGGCAUAUUAUUUCUUCAAUUGUUCGAUUAGAAGAACUUGUCGUUUAUUGCCCUUUCUCCAGUGCCGGCCUUGAAUCAUGGCUAUCAUUCCUGGGACCAUCUUUAAGGAACCUUGAACUCCGAAUGGACAACAUUGUUGAACAUCAAUCCUGUAUGGACAGACCUUCAAAAUUGGAUUGCAUUAGAGCUGCUUGGAAUGUGGAGUCUCUAAAGCUUUGGGGUGUGUUAGUGACCCAUUCCCCCAAAUGGGAUGCCUUUCUAAAACUCCAAGAACUUCAAAUAGUUGGAGCAAGAUUGGAGGAUACUGCAUUGUCGGAUGUGCUUUGUGCAUGUCCUAAUUUGAAAAGCCUGUUGCUACUUGGUUGUGAGGGGUUGAGAUCUGUUUCUAUUGAGCUCCCCCAUCUGAAGCAGUGUAAGCUUGAUUUUUAUGGCUUGGGUAAUUCUUUACUUUCUCUCACGGCUGCAAAGCUAGAAAUCCUUGAGGUACAAGGUUGUAGUUGGAUUAGGGUUCAUGAGACCCGAUGCUUGAGGAUUCUUUCCAUUUCCAACAACUCUGGGCGAGUUAACAUUGUGGAUUUUGGGAGACUUGUGGCUCUUGAGUCCUUGUCCAUUAGAGGGGUCCAGUGGUGUUGGGAUGCAAUAAGCAAAAUGCUUCAAAUGGCGAGCCAGGUGAAGCAUCUCUAUAUGAAGGUGGAAUUCACUGGGGAUUUUGAAGCCCUUCUACCCUUUCCAGAGAUUGAUUUCGUUGACUUCUUUAACUGCCAUCCAAAGCUGCAAAAGUUUGACGCCCAUGGUGCCAUGUUUGCUGCUCUUUGCCAGAAGAACAGCCUUAAAAAUGUGGAUUCAAAGUUUGUGAUUCCUUCACUGGAGGAAGUGGUGGUCACAGUGAGAUCACCAUUGAAUGCUGAGCAGAAAAUGAGUACUCUUGAGUCAUUGCUCAAGUAUGGAAAACAUCUAAAGAAGAUGAGAAUAAAGAUUCUUCAAAUGAAAAGCAGCCAUAGCAGUGCAGAUGAUUUCUUUGAGGAGAUUUGCUGGUUUAGACACACGAAUCGUAAGAUUGUUUCAAUUGAAUAACAACUCAUUGGGCAUUUUUUUCCCUGAUUCAUUAGCUUUCUAUUGUAAGUCACUCUGUUCUUCAGACUGGAGGAAGUUGUGCUUUUCUGUAUCAGACAUGAUCAUUCUUGGACAAUUUUUGUCAUAAACAUGCUUACAUAUCUCU